AUGAAAAAAAAAAAUGAAGAUAAAAAGGGCAUUGGUGAAGAAGACAAUGAUAAUGAUGGACCUGAACCAGAAGUAGAUUAUUUGUUUGAUAGAAAGGAAGCAGAGAAUGAUGGAGAGACCAAUAAAAAAGAAGGUGCUGAAAAAAGAAAGAAAGGUGAAACUGAAGCAAAAAAGAAUGAUGGAGAGAUCAAUGAAAAUAAGAAUGAUGAGGAGACUGAAGAAACCUAUAAUGAUGGAGAGACUAGUAGACAAAAUGAAAUAAAUCAAAAUCUGUUGGAUAAAGUCGUUGAAAACAUUAUGGAUAAUGUCAUUAGCAUUGGAUUUUCAAGUUUAAAUAGUCAAGAAGAUCAAAUCUAG